CACUGCCACCACAGGAACAAAGAGCUCUUGUAAGAAAACUGCAUUAAAUGUAAAUGCGAGCUUUUUGAAAAGGAGGAACGUCAAUACAGGGUACAGGAUAAAGAAUGAGAGAAAACUGGAAAAGACAAAAAAUCUUUCAGAAUGCUGCACGAAUUCCCUGCAUUCGAGUCCCUCCUUCUGUCGCUGGCACUUCCUUACUGAAGGACCUAACCCUAGGACAGCAGCGCUACUUUUACAGCACCAUGAGAAUUUACAACUCUGGGCCCCUAUGGGAGGCCCUGAAGACCCGUUAUAUUCACAACCUUCAGUACCAGCAGCUGCUCGGAUAUAUUACUCAACAGGAAGCUUUAUCUUGGGCUAUUUUAGUUAGAGAUUCAACCAAGAGAGCCUCAGCCAAGGUAGCUGCUCAAAGAACCAUUCCCCGGAAGUCUUCAGUCAUGACAAGAAAAUGUCUGUCAGCUCUACCCAUGUCUGUGGUUCUGCCCAAGGUCCAAAGCACAAGGUGUGGUCAAAGGCAGACUUCACGCAAUCUCCGAGAUAGCCCAUGUAUCCCCGCUAUCUAUGAGUGAUUAGAGCACAUGUGUUGAAUGAUAGUAAAUAAAUGGAUAACUUCUAAACAAACCCUAUAUCUAGAAAUAAUCUA